CCCCCUUUUUCUUUCGUACUUUUUAUUUUCUUGGUUUCAGGUGGUCUUUUUCAUGCCAAGAACUAGUCUUGGAACAACAGCUGUUAAAAUUUUCUUUGAAGCCAAAUUGAAAUGAAAUGAAGCAAGAAAUUUGCGUUUUAAUGUGAUAUAAUGAAAUUCAGUUUCUACAGAUAUGUACUUUUUUCAUGCAUGGUUGUAGGAACUUGAAUUUUUAAUGAAAUUUUUAUCUAAAUGAAAUUAAAGUUGUUUUCUUUUUGACAUUCCUUUUAGUGAAUCCUAAUGGCUUUUACAUUCUGAGUAGCUGCUGUUGGCAUGUCGUGGAUGCUAUUACUACUGUAUUUAUACUUUACCAUCUGACUCAAGAUCCUCUGACAUUGAAAUAAGGUCAAAUGAAGCAUUAAUCUGCUCAGCGAUCACCUCAUCUUCUCUUGAAAGGCAGGAAUGGUGCAAAUUGACGAGGAACUCAGAUCAACGUUCUGCCACAAUGCAAAAUACAAGUUCAAAUGCAAUACUUGUUGAUGAGGCUGUUGUCCAUAGUCAAGAUGAUAUUAUAAUCAAUUGUGGAAGUGAAAUUAUACCUGGCCCUGAAAAAGAAGGUUAUUUGAGUUAUAGAUUUAAAGUAAUGCCUCCUCCAAAAUCCUGCGCGAGGCAAUUAAAGGUCUGUAUAGAUGCUGAUCAUGCAAAAUGUAGUAUUUGCUUAAACAUUUGGCAUGACGUUGUUACUGUUGCUCCUUGCCUUCAUAACUUCUGCAAUGGGUGCUUCUCAGAGUGGUUAAGGAGAUCAGUCGAGAAACAUUCGACUGUGCUUUGCCCUCAUUGUAGGGCAGUUGUACAAUUUGUUGGUAGAAAUCACUUCCUGCAUAGUAUUGAGGAGGAUAUACUACAAGCCGAUUCUUCAUUAAAACGAUCAGAUGAAGAAAUUGCUCUUCUAGAUUCUUGUGCGUCAGUAAGAUCUAACCUUGUUAUUCAAAGUGGUAAGAAGUCCAAUCGGAAGAGAGCACAUUCAACAUUGGAUGUGGAAAAUGAUGGUGUGGAGUUCCCAUGUCCUCAAUGUGGUACAGAAAUUAGCGGCUUUCGCUGCAGCCAGAACACGGUCCAUUUGCAAUGUCAAUCUUGUGGAGGCAUGAUGCCUUCCAGAACAGAAUUUGGUGUACCCCAACACUGUUUGGGAUGUGAUAGAGCAUUUUGCAGUGCUUAUUGGCAUUCUCAAGGGGUUACCCGAAGCAACUCUCAUUCUGUGUGCAGUCAUGAGAAUUUUAAACCAAUUUCUCGACGCAAUAUCUUGCAGAUUCCAUUUGUGGCACAUGAAAAGAAUCGGCAUGAACAAGAUAUCACUGAGAGGUGUAUUAGACAAAUGGGAAAAACACUGCAGGAUGUUAUAUCGGAUUGGAUUGGAAAGUUCAACAACAGAGAAAUUGAUCGUACAAGGUUGCCAUUGAAUCACGCUGAGAUGAUAAAUGCAGGAACACAUGUUUGCAAUGAUUGUUAUGACAAAUUGGUCUCCUUUCUCUUAUACUGGUUUCGGAUUUCAAUUCCUAAAGAUUUUGUACCACUGGAGGCACUUAGAAGGGAAGAUUGUUGGUAUGGACAUGCAUGUCGGACACAGCACCAUAACGAAGAACAUGCACGCAAAAGAAAUCAUGUCUGCCGCCCUACGAGGGGUAGGGAUACAUAGCAUGGAGCUGGAUAGACUGCCAAAUUCUGAUCUGCUGGGUAACUUUUGUGUUUGCUUUUGUACCAUCUAAUUGGUCAUUUUGUACUUCGGGUAUAAUUUAAUCGAAGUUUUGGUAUUUAGCAUGCCUGACUUGUGCAAGUUUCUGAUGCAAUUUGAGAAAUAUAUGCUGACUGCAUUUUGGAAACGAACCAUGCCCAACUUAGAUAAAUUGAUUCUGUAGGAAGAUAUAUGUAUAAAUGCCAAGUUUAGCUAGACAAAUUACUUGAAAUGAUCAUGAAUAUAAGAAGGGAAAUAGGAGAACAUUUACCAUUCA